AUGAUGCUGGACAAGUGGGAGCAGCUCGUCGCCCAGGACCCACGUCUGGAGAUCGUGGGACCCGUCUCCUUGAUGACCCUGGACACCAUCAUGAAGUGCGCCUUCAGCCACCAGGGCAGCGUCCAGACUGACGGCUUGGGCCACGAGGGGCAGUGGGGAUGCCCUGGAUGCUGUACCUGGCCCCCGGAGCUCUCAGCUCCGCCUGCGAACCGCCGUUCCAAAACAGACCGAGUGAUCCAGCUGAGGAAGGCACAGCUGCAAAAGCAGGGAGAGAUGGAGAACGUGAGGAAGAGGAGGCACUUGGAUUUCCUGGACAUCCUCCUCCUUGCCCGAAUGGAGAAGGGGAACAGCUUGUCGGACACCGACCUCCGUGCCGAAGUGGACACGUUCAUGUUCGAGGGUCGUGACACCACAGCCAGUGGCAUCUCCUGGAUCCUCUAUGCUCUGGCCUCCCACCCUGAGCAUCAGCAGAGAUGUCGGGAGGAGAUCCAAGGCCUCCUGGGGGAUGGCACCUCCAUCACCUGGGACCACCUGGACCAGAUGCCCUACACCACCAUGUGCAUCAAGGAGGCCCUGAGACUCUAUCCGCCAGUACCAGGAGUUAGCAGAGAGCUCAGCAAGCCCAUCACCUUCCCUGAUGGACGCUCCUUACCUGCAGGAAUCACCCUCUCGCUCUCCGUUUACGGCCUUCACCACAACCCGCAGGUGUGGCCGAACCCAGAGGAGUUUGACCCAUCCCGGUUUGCCCCGGGUUCUGCUCGACACAGCCAUGCCUUCAUGCCCUUCUCAGGGGGAUCCAGGAACUGCAUUGGGAAGCAGUUUGCCAUGAACGAGAUGAAGGUGGCUGUGGCCCUGACCCUGCUCCGCUUUGAGCUGGCACCAGAUCCCUCCAGGAAGCCCGUUCCUAUUCAGGGAAUUGUGUUGAACUCCAAAAAUGGGAUCCACCUGAAGCUCCGCAAGCUCCCGUAA